AUGUCCUUCUCGACCUACCUAGGGUAUUUCUUGGGAGGCUAUACCGCCCUGACAGUCUUCUUCUACCUACUGUCUCCCAUGUCGUCCAAGUCCGGCUUUGUGGCGCGUUGCCUCGCCUCCUACAUCUGCCUGGUCAUAAGCGCCGCCUACGGUGCUGUCGUCUCCGUCGCCCUCAGCUGUGUCGGCCACCGGCAGAUCGCACAAUGGACCACCGGACGCGUGUUCAAGUACACCAUGGCCGCCACCACAGGCGUCACCUUCGAAGUCAUCGACCCCAAGGGUUACCUCAACAAGGUUAGGCCCGCCGUCUUUGUCGGCAACCACCAGACAGAGCUCGACGUGCUCAUGCUGGGCUGCAUGUUCCCCAAGUACUGCAGCGUGACGGCCAAGUCCAGCCUCAAGAAGCUGCCCUUCCUAGGGUGGUUCAUGACCCUGAGCGGCUCCGUCUUCAUUGACCGGAAGAACAGCAAGGAUGCGCGCGCGGCCAUGAGCGGCGCUGCGGAUCAGAUAAAGACUCUGAAGCAGAGCGUAUACAUGUUCCCCGAGGGCACCAGGAGCUACGCAAAGGAGCCCAUGCUGCUGCCCUUCAAGAAGGGCGCUUUCCACCUUGCUGUCCAGGCCCAGGUGCCCAUCGUGCCUGUCGUUGCGGCCAACUACAGCGAUACGCUGUACAUCAAGGGCAUGGUCUUCAAGUCGGGCAAGAUCCCCUGCAAAGUGCUCGAUCCGAUCCCAACGACGGGCCUGACCCCGGCAGACGUGGAUGAGCUGUGCAACAAGACCCGGGAGCUCAUGCUCAAGGAGAUCAUCAACCUCACGUAUACGACCCGUGGCCAGGAGGCUCCCAUCGCAGCUUCAACUAUCAAAGCGAGCGGGGUUGACCUGAAGCAAUGA